AUGACAGUCGACCAAAGCUCUCCAAUGUCAAGAGGAGUCCUAAUUGACCAAUUGUUUGCGUCAGAAACAGGAGAAAACAAUGAUCUCAUCACCAUUCUAGGUUCGGUCAAACCUACCAGGUCGUCAAAGUCGUCACUUGUUUCCAUCUUACGAGGUCUUUAUACCAAGAACACGAAACUUCUUCAACUUUUGAACAAUUAUCGCAAUAAUGUCCAGGAACCAGACUACGAGGUGGAACAGUUCAAGUCGUUUGUAAACGAAUUCAUCAUUUGGAUGGACAAUGGGGGAAUUGUGUUGUACGAAAAGUUUUUAGCAUGCUUCUUAGAUAAAAACCUGGUGCUUCAUGAGGACGUGCACAAGUAUUCCAAACCCAUUCGCAAUGCUACCGCGUAUAUCAGCUUCAUGUCGGCAGCAAAAGCGUACAUACGAAACCCGUUCGUGAUGGAAAAGCUCCAACUUUUAAGCACUCGAUUUGAGUCGAUUCUCAAGAAUUACCAAGAAUUUCAAAUGACCAAUUCUCUCUGCAACAUUAGCUUUUCGAACGUGGCGGCGUUUCCAUGGCACUCUACUUCCACCAAAGUAGCCAGUUACUUUGUCGCUGAACAGAUCGUCGAUCGCUCUUUCGGCCAAGAAUUCAUCCUUGAAAAUCACCAAGGACAAGUGGAAAUUGCUUUACUCAAUCUUUCCAAUUCGAAAACACCGAGGUCUUUCGAUGCAAUGGCACUUUUAAGUGUCGAUUCUACAACCUCGACCACCAAUCCAGGGUCCAGAAGUUUGCUCUAUCCUCCAUGUCGCUACAACGAACUUUUUGUUGAACUUGAAGACGAUUGUAUCACAUUGCGCCCGAUCAAUUUCUCUACCGAUGAGCUCUCUGUCUCAGAAAUGAGUCUUCGUAUCAAGGGUAAAAAAGACCAAGCUCAAAAAUGGUUUUCAAAACUAGCAACUAUUUUUCCCAGCAAGCACGGCGAGUGCCUCCCAAUAGGACCAGAUACCAACUGCUCGCUUGCUGGAUUGGGGAUUAAUAUCCAUCUGUCUUCAGGUAGCGAAUCGCCAGAAUUUGAGGCUAGUUCAGGCACACCCAGUUUCAAAGAGCUCCUUGAUUCUCCAACCGGCCCCAAAGAGAUGGUGAAACCUCCACAUAUCAAGACCUCGUCUCACCUGUCCCAUUCGUCCAUAUCUUCGGUAAAUUCGGUCGAAUCUGCAAGAAACCAGUACGAUAGGUCUCUCAACAUAAUCCACAAGACUUUGUCUGGACCCCAUGAAAACCACGAGAGUGUAAUGAAGUACAUUUCCAGGAAAACCCUCUCUCCAGAGGAUGAAAUGAACGUUUGUUCGAAUGGUCGUCCACGCUCUGAGCAAGCCGAAGUAGCAUACGAUACACCCGAGAGUAAAUCCAACAAUGAACCGGUGGAUCUUUCUGACAUCCCAUUGUCAUCUUCAUAUCUGGCUGGCAACGAAAUGAAGUUCAAGUCUGCACCCGAAAUAGGAAAACAAACUUCUUCUGAGGGUCUUUUCAAGCUAUCAAAUGGUUCAGCAAUUGAUAUAUCCAAUUUUGGCAGAACCCACCAACCAUCUUUCAGCGUUGCUCAUGGCCUUUCGGAUAUCUCCCAGCUGACCGAGAGCCUUAGUCUUGACAAAACGAAAAAGAAACGCAAGAGCAUACUAGGAUUGUUCAAAAAGCGCAACAUGGAGACUGCUGUUAGAAGCGAAGAAAAUACAGAACCCAAAUCGAAAACCAAAGCAGAACCAAAAGAAGAGAAAGAAUAUCCCAAUGAACCGGAAACAAACGAAAGUAAAGCAAAUCGCAACGUCAAAGACCUCAGUAUCACCACAGACAUUCCUCGAAACAUUGACCUUGCCCAGCCAUUGUCCACCAUCUCGGAGAGAUCUGGUUCGCCUGGACCUCGUUCUGCCCUUCCUUCGCCAUUUGCUCUUCCUUCAUCGACCUCAACAUACUUCUUUAAGCCGUACAUCAACGGGUCCAGUGUCAGUCUUGCGCUGCAAGAUGUUGCCGAGGAAACCAUUAGCAUUCCCCAGCACCUCAAGGAUAUCAUCAAUGACGAUCUGUCGAUAGACUUUUACAUAUCUCCGUCGUCGCCAAAGACAUUGAAGGUUUCCAGAUGGAAGGAGAAGUAUGGCAAGUGGGAAAUGCUCACCACCAACGAUAUGCUAUUCUUGAAGAUUGUGGUGAACUACGAAUCCAACAAAGCGUGGUUGAUUGUCUUUAAAGAGGAAUAUGAUGAAGGGGAAGAGGAUAUCGUUGACAAGCCAUUGCUCUUGCUCAACAUCAAUUCCACUCAAACUGAAGUGAGACAAUCGUCUGCUUUGGACGCUCAAAUCUCCACCGUAAAUGCCAUUACAAAUGACAGAAUCAAGAUACUUCUUCGUUGUUCAAAGGGUAAUUUGGCCCAUGCAAUCUUUACAAAUUUGAGCAAUAUUCUCGGCGUACUCGCUUCGAAUAAGAGCAAGGACAUGAGAUCUCAGGCUUCGUCGAGUACGCUAACUUCGUCAGUGAUGGAAGGAAUGACGAGCAAGUCUACCACCAUCUCAAGUGUCAGUUCAAUGAUCACAGAUGCCAAACAACCACCAAAAAGUGUUCUUAAAGAGAGUUCUUUGCAGACAUGCAAUUCCGAUGAAAUUACUAGAGCACAUAUUUUGAGCAAUCCUGAGAACUCAAAGUUGAUGGUGGUGAACAGAAUGACGGUUCGGCUUCAGAAACUGACCGAAGGCUACGAGCGAGUAAAAUAUUCCUCGUCGUGGAAAAUUAUUUCCAUGUAUGCUCUCACCGUAUACAUAAUUUCUGACCAUUUCACCGAUGCCAAUUAUUACCAUUUGGUGCUUGAUAACUUGGACGAUAAUGACAAGGAAAAUUUCAACUGGUUAUUCAAAGAGGAUUCGAAACUCUCGAUUAUAGAAAAGGUGGGCAAAGCAGGCUUGCUAGUCAAGCUUGCACCUGAGGAGUUGUACAUGGUGGAAUGCCGGGGAAAGAAAGAGCUCAAGUCAUUGAUUGAAAUAUUUUGA